AGCGGGGAAUGCCUACAGGCGGCCAGGAGUUGGAGUUGUUCGCUGUGGUUGCCAGGGGAACCCGAACUCUCAGCCGGCUGCUGCGGGGCCUGAAAGGGCUGGCAGGCAGCGUCCGCAGUGUCCAGUGUCACUCGUCUCUGCCGCUCGUGGCCUCUUGCGGGCUGGAUCGUUUCCUCCGCGUGCACAACGUAAUCGACAGUAAACUGCUGCACAAGGUCUAUUUAAAAUCUCGGCUCAAUUGCCUUCUCUUCACAAGUCGGGACAACUGGGAGCAGGAGGAUAUGGAGCCAGGGGUGGAUGCAAGCGUGAAGAAAGAAGAGGAGGAAGUUGACGAGAUCUGGGGCUCCAUGGUGACCGUGGGCGGCUGGGCCCGCUCGAAGAGGAAGGUGGAGCAGCCGCAGAGGGUGGGGAGGCGGAAGAAGGCAGCCCAGGGAAGCCCUGAGGUGUAACCCAGGGAACACUGUGUAAAAAGGGUUUUGUGUGAUAUCUCA